GUGCGUGAGAAAGACUGCAGUUGAGAAGCACGAAGGGGGAGCAGAUCUAGGCCGGGGACGUCUGGCUGAGGCUGCACUCUGCACGUGCCCUGAGGCCCACUAGACUAGGACUUGAGGUCGGGGUUCCAACGAAAGCUGACGAGGGGGAAAGAACGGCGCGGGCCUUCGCCAAGUGUUGCCUGUAGUUCGACUUUGGUCUUGCUCCUGGUGCCCCCCUACCCUGAGGCCUUCCUGUGGGUAGCUGAGACACAUGAUCGAUUGAGAGAUGGAAGAGAAGAAGAAGAAGAGGAGCCCCAAGCCCCACCUGGCUCAGCCGAUGCCCACUAGUGCUUUACGCAAGCUGCCGGUCCCUGCCAGCAAGAGCACCUCUUUCUCCCUGGGAAUGCCUCAUAUCCCAUCACCGAAGCAACGAUCCAAGUUCAAGAGAGCAAACAAAGAGAAGCCCCGAGCCCCCCAGCCUGCGGGCAGCACGGGAACCACAGUAGGUGCCCCUCUGCAGCACUCUUUCCUGACGGAUGUCUCGGACGUGUACGAAAUGGAGGGGGGGCUCUUGAACCUGCUGAACGACUUCCAUUCGGGGAAGCUGCAGGCGUUCGGAAAGGAAUGUUCUUUUGAACAAUUGGAACAUGUUCGGGAGAUGCAGGAGAAGUUGGCCCGUCUGCACUUCAGCUUGGAUGUCUACGUGGAAGAGCUGUCUGAAGACCAGAAGAAAACUGUGGCUGACCGGAAUCUGGACCAGCUACUGACAAAUUUGGAAGAGCUCAGCAACUCCAUCCAAAAGCUGCACUUGGCAGAAAACCCCGACCUGGAAGAUACCUCCACGGCCUAGUGGAAACAAAACAGCAGCCCGAGUCUUCUUUUGAGCAGCGUGGGAAGCCUUGGCAAAGAAACAGCAGGCCUGAGAAAGGAAGACACACUGGACACUGCCCCUGAAUAGUUCAGGGAAAGAAGGUUGAAACCUGUUGGAUCUAUUUAGGGGAAGCAGGGAUCGGGGCCUGGGUUUGAACUGCCUGCAGGAAAAUCAAGCACAGAAGUAGCCAACUCCUGGAAAUGAAAUGGGCACAUGCCAAGGGAAGAAAACUAAGUGGAAUCUGGUCUGCUGCACCCCAGGAUUGUGCCUUGGGGUCCUUUCUGACAUUGCAAGAGACAAAGGGGGCAUGCAGUGCUGCUGCUUCUAGGGGGCAGUCCCCAUCUCCCGGGGAGUUUGGCAUGAGUUUCAAGUUUCUUUCACACACAUUGCAUCAUGCCCUUUCAGUGUCACUUAUCAAUAAUUUGCAAAUGGAUUUUGUAAACCGCAUUGACAGUACAUGAUCCAAUGUGUGUGAAAGCAGCCUUGGUGUGGGCUACCCACAUGAACCAUCCUCUGUCCACUGUUAAGUGAACUCUCAAGAAAUUUGACCAUACAAUUAACAGAAUUUAGUUGUUUCUGCCAUUUGGCCAUGACUCCCUCCCUGCUCCCUUUUUAUUGAGGCUGCAGUCCUGAGCACACAAUUUUGAUUUUUUUGUGCAACCUUGUUUGUGGUUUGGUUAAUGGGAAACAAACUGACAACAGUAGCAGAGGGUUUUCUUUGACGUAGAAAAUUCAGUGAGGUGGCAUGAUAGAAUUAAAAUGGCGUUUCUGUGGGGACAGCAGCCCGCAAGCUCUCCAGGUGCUUCUUGUUAAUCCAUCUGAAAAGUGUUAGAAAUGUGAACUGCUAUGUGACAACGGACUGGGUGAUUUGGCGAGUAUUUGCAAGGGAUCCUCUGAAGACAGCAAGGUAACAGGGUGAAGCAUAGAUUUGGGGGGCUCUUUCAUAAGAUCUUCCCAGGCUGCCAAUAGAUAGAGUGUUGAAGUACAUGCAGUAGUUUCAGCUGGGUAGCUCAAUAGAUCUUCAGAAGAAGAGCAGGAUUCGAGUCCAGCAGCACCUUAGAGACCAAUAAGAUUUUCAGGAAUAAGCUGUCAGGAGUCCCUUUGACUAUCAAAAGCUUACACCUUGGAACUCUUGUUGGUCUUUAUGGUGCUACUGAAUUUCAACCUUGCUCUAAGUACAUGGAAUGUCCAUGUAAUAAAUUAGUAUGUAGUUUAAUGUGUAUCAUUAUCGAACACUGAACCUUUUUAUAAUAGUAAUGCUGAUUCCUGGAGUGAGCAAAUAGGGAUCCAAAAGGUCAAAGGUCACACAGGCACAGACCUGUUUGUCCAUUGGGCAAUAUGAACCAAUAGAUUGGGUUCUGUCAGGAAGGGGCUUCCGGACAUCAAAGAGCAGCCUGUGUUCUGUUAUGUUAAUGGACCUUCACUUUACUUUCGAUUUCCCACCUACUCUUAAUUAGCAACUUGUAGUAAAUUAGGGGCACCAAGGUGCCGGCGCCUGACCUUAUCUCUUUUGAGUGAACCUUGUGAGAGCAACUGCUGUAGCAUUCCUGUCACGUUUUACUCUGUCUUUAAUAUGGGGUGAGGAGAAGGGAGGGGGAUAAAAGGCUGUACCUGAAGCCAGUUCUUUAGGCAUGCCGAUGUCUGUCAAUAAAGGCUUCUGAUUUGAAAUCUAGAGUUGUGAAUUGUUUUACAGAUCUGGGGCUUGACAGGUACCCCCAGUUUUGUGGGGUCUCUCCAGGACCCUUGUAAUUCAGUGUUCUCAUACACUUGUUUACAUCUCCUUUUAAGAAUGAUUUCCACUCCUGUCAAAAGCCAGUUGUAUUGACUCAUUGACACCUUUUAAAUGAAAAUAUGUUGAUCCAGUGU